CUCAGCUCCUCAUCGGGACCCACCGGGCUCCCGGGAGAUUUAAGGUUCGGCGUCCAGUACGCGGCGGGUGGGGGCGUCUGCGCAGGCGUGCUCCCGACUGCCCUCGCGCCCUCCCCGGGACCCUUCCCGGGCCUGAAGCCCCAGCGCAAUAGGAGCAGGUCCAGGCCCUGCCCCAGGCGGGGCCCUGUGGGAGCGACCCCUAGAAGAGCGGAGCUUUGCGGCCGGACUGAGGUCUGGAGGUGGCGGGAGCGUCCGACUGCGGAUCCGCUACUGUGUAUCCUCCUGAAGAAGAUUAAAUCAGGGAAUCUUAAAUCACAGUUAUCCCUUCACCCCAGGCUGGAGUGAGCCUCUAAGUAAUCCCAGAAUGGCUUCAACAGAGGAACAAGAUGGACUUAAGACUGUGAAGGUGGAGAAAGACCCUAUAUGGGACCAGGAAAUCCACCUUCAAGUGAACAACUUUUCUGGCCAGGAGGCCGCCCGACAACGUUUUAGGCAGUUUUGUUACCAAGAAACUUCUGGUCCCCAAGAAGCUCUGAGCCGGCUUCGGGAACUUUGUCAUGAGUGGCUGAAGCCAGAGACACAUACCAAAGAGCAAAUCCUGGAGCUGCUGGUGCUAGAGCAGUUCCUGACCAUCGUACCUGAGGAGCUCCAGGCCUGGGUGCGGGAGCACCAUCCAGAGAGUGGGGAGGAGGCUGUGGCUGUGGUUGAAGGUCUGAAGCAAGAGCUUAGUGAGCCAGGGAACCAGGCCCCAGGUCACAAACAUGGACAUUCUGAAAUGCUCUCAGAGGAUGUGGUACAUCUGAAGGCCAAACAGGAAUCAACAGUCAUCCAGCUUCAGUCCAUGGUGACACAGUUCAAAUAUGAACCUUUUGGUUUCCACCAAUUUCAAGAACAAGGUGGUGAAACUAUACCUGAAAACCUGGAGUUGGCAUUGAAGCAAGAAGUAAAGGAAGAGGAUAGCAGACUCCAAAGAGAUGCUCCUCUGGAUUCUAAGUACGAAGAAACUUGUAAACUUGAAAGCAGGGCAGAAAAGCAGUGGGGACACACCACUGAAGAGAGAUGUCACAGGUGCAGUGACUGUGUGAAAAGCUUCACUCAGAGUUCAGUCCUCAUUCAGUACCAGAGAAUCCACACUGGGGAGAAGCCAUAUAAAUGUGAAAAAUGUGGGAAGGCCUUCAGCCAGAGGUCAGGCCUGAAUGAACAUCAGCGGAGCCACACUGGAGAGAAGCCCUAUCAAUGUAAGAAGUGUGGGAAAGCCUUCAGUGCCAGCUAUGGCCUCGUUAGACACAGAAGAAUCCAUACAGGAGAAAAACCAUAUGAAUAUGAGGCAUGUGGGAAGGCUUUCCGCCUCAGCUCAUUCCGUGUUCAGCAUCAGAGGAUACACACUGGAGAGAAGCGCUAUCAGUGUAAUGAGUGUGGUAAAACCUUCAGUCAGAAUGCAGGGCUUUUCCAGCAUCUCCGUAUCCACACUGAUGAGAAACCCUAUCAAUGCAAUCAGUGUAGUAAAAGCUUUAGUAGGUGGACACUCCUUAUGAAACAUCAGAGAAGGCACACUGGAGAGAGACCAUAUGAGUAUGACGGGUGUGGGAAAGCCUUCAGUCAUUGAAACCUUAUUAGGCAUUUUAGAAUCCAUACUAUUACAGAAUUGGACUAUGUCUGUCGACCCUCAGGCCCUUAAGUAGGGCUAUUUUGGAAAGGAAGAUUUUCAAGUGGCUUAUUCUUUUCUUAUCAAAUUUAUUUUGCUUUGGAAUAAGUAUCUUGUCUACAAACCAUGUGCUGGUAUCUCUUUGGUGGAUGACUGUGGGAGUGGGGGGUUUCUAGGUAGCUUCCUUAUUCCCGUCCUUUGGUUCAUGUCUACUGAUGUCCCUUAAAGGGAUCAAAUCUUAUCUGGAAAAUAUUGGUAUGGAGGGGCAGUUUUUGAGUAAUACUGAAUAUUGAACAACUCUAACUGUAGCCUUUUUUAAAAAAUUGGUUAAGUUCAAAGGA